GGAGCACAAAAGGAAGCCGGUUUUGGGAAAACUUGGCAAUCUGUUCACCACAGGAAGGAGAAGGAACACCAGAACCGUGUCAGAGAGUCCCACCAGCUCAAAUGCCAAAUCAGCCUCUCCCAAAGAUACUACCUCUUCCCAACCCCCUGAAAGAGAGGAUGAGAAGAGGAAAUCUCAGGGCAGCCAACCAAAGCAAAGCGACAAGUGUGAGGAGGGCUUCUCACCCCAGGAGAAGCCCCAGGAGCCAGAGGGCGGGCACUCGGAGACCGGCGUCCAGGUAGCACCCCCUGGCUCGGAGCCGUCCCCUUGCUCGAGUAGCUGUGCAGCGACGGCUGUGCAACUGUGCCACGAAAGUGAUUCACCCCAAUUAGAACCUCUAGACUCAAAAGGAGAGCCCUUCCCAGAUGCCACGACCGCUGCCAAGCAGCUGCAUUCCUCGCUCGAGAAUUCCCCCAGGCAAGAGAACGCAGAGACGCUAGCCCGCAGUCCUGGGGAGGACGCUUCGCCCCGCGCUGCCUUCGCUCGGGAGACAGCCCCAGGUGCAGGGGAGGAACCGGGGUCGCCCUCCGGGGAGCGGCCCGCGAGGGGACUAGGCGAGGUCGCUCACAGAGACCCCCGCCUGGGUGCCGAAAAAGGCUCUCUGGAACCCCAAGACGCAUGCACCCAGCCACCGGAGGACGCAUCUGCUCCGCCAGGUGACCCUCCUGCCGAGGGCGCAGAGAACCGGGCCAGCUCCGCACAGGCAAACGGCAAAGCCAGGCUCGGAGGACAAGUGUGCCGGCGGGGCGAGCGCGGCCAUCCGGCCAAAGUGUUAACUUUGGACAUCUACUUGAGUAAGACCGCGGAGGCGCAGGUGGACGAGCUGGUGGUCAUUACUACCGGGGCUGACGAUUGCGACGAUCAGGACGAUAUGGAGAAGAGGGCAAGUGGCCGCAGGCCUGGGAGGCGGAGGAGGUCGCAGAAAUCCACCGACUCGCCCAGCCCAGACACCGCGCUGCCCGACAGCACGGCGAGGGAUGACAUGGUGUUUGACUACGAGGUGGCGCCAAACGCGGCCACCGAGAACGGCUCGGCCGAAAAGAAAGUGAAAUCUCCGCGGGCGGCCCCGGACGGAGGCGUUGCCUCCCCUGCGAGCCCAGAGUCCAAGUCCAGCCCUGGCUCCAAAGGGCAGCCCCGAGGGGAGUCGGACCGGAGCAAACAGCCUCUGCCGGCCACGUCCCCCACCAAAAGGAGGGGCAAGAGCCGCGUCCCGGAAUCUGCGCCCAUCCCACCCGCUGGCAGCCCCCGGGCUCCCGCCAAGGAGUCCCCGCCCAAGAGGGCGCCCGCGCCCGACUCCAACCCCGCUGCCAAGGCUGCCGCGGGGGAGAACGGGGAGGAGGCGUCCCGGGUCGUCCCCCGUGAGCUCACGGUCAGGAGCAGCUCUCUGCUGCCGGAGAUCAAGCCGGAGCACAAGAGGGGGCUGCUCCCCAACCACUUCGAUGGCCGGGGAGAAGGAAGUCGGAGCAGAGAGCUGGGCAGAUCCUUUGGAGGUCCUGACGCCGAGGGCUUGAAGCCCAGGAACCAUUUCGGUCCGGGCAGGUCUACAGUGACCACUAAGGUGACCCUCCCUGCCAAGCCCAAACAUGUGGAACUAAAUAUUAAAUCUCCUAAGAAUCUGGACGGUUUGGGAAAUGAGCAUAGUCCACUUAGCCAGCCGGUUCAUAAAGGAAACACUGCCACCAAAAUCUCUUUAUUUGAAAACAAACGGGCCAACAGUAGCCCAAGACACGUUGACAUCCGAGGCACUAAGAACACCCUAGCCUCCAAUAAAACAUUUGUCGGGAGGGCAAAGCUGAAUUUAGCCAGAAAAGCCAAGGACAUGGAGCAACCUGAAAAGAAAGCAAUGCCGAAUAAUCACCAGAAUGGUGUUCUGGGGAAGGAAACCCCUGCAGAAACCAAAGUUCCUCUCCCUGAAGAGGACAUUCCCCCAGCGGCCGGGAGUCCCAGCGUGCGAGGAAUGGAGGGCGAGCCUACCGAGGACCAAGCUCUUGGUUCUCAGCUGAACCAGGGCGAUCAGGCAGAUGUUCAAGGAGAUGCUGGCUGCCCUUCUGAACCGGUGGCUACUGCUCUGAUUCCUGCCAAGGACCACACACUCUUAGGAGAGGACAACUCAAAGGCUGCUGACAGCAAAAGACUUGUACUUGAAACUACGACUGAAACAGCACAAGAAAGUCCCACCAUUCUUGAUGCGAGAGACUCACCAACAGCCACGCCAAAGCCACAGCACAACUUUUCUGACUCACAGCCCGCAGCUGAAUCAUCUAACCAGCCUCAUUCACUGCCUGCACCCAUUCCUGUGGACAUUCCCAAAGUCGCACCUGCUGAAGCUCCCGUAAGCAAUGUUCCAUGCACUGAUCGAAAAGGAUCAGAAAACCAUACUGGAUGUAUUUUGCCCGUGUCUCAUCCGGAUAAUGAGAAAAUGCCCCCCUCUGAACUUGGAGGAGGAAGAGGUGAAGGAGGAGGAGAAGCAGGCCCUCCUUUGUCCACAGAGCACAGCCCAGAAGUGGUGGGAGUUGAGGGUCCAUCCAAGGUCCUUGUCCAGGUCAGGUCCUUUGUCCUUCCCGUGGAGAGCACCCAGGACGUAAGCUCUCAGAUCAUCUCAGAUAGUUCUGAAGUUAGAGAAGUGCAGUUGCCAAGUUGUCACAAUAAUGAACUUGAAGUGGUUUCCGUUGCCAGUUGUGCGCCCCAGAAAGAGGAAGUACCGGGCAAUAAGAGCACAUCACCCACACACAUUCACUGCAAAGAGGAACAUGUAGCAAAAUCUGACCCACAAGUCAUGCCACUGGAAUCAGAGAAAACUCUGCCUGUCCAGGCUCAGAGUCAGGGCAACAGAACACCCCUCACGGUUGAAUCCAGCCCCACUCACUCCCCUGGUGGCAGAAAUCAUUUAGAAACUCCUCAAAGGCCAGAUCGAAAUGUUGUGAAUGGCCAGGCCAGCCCUGCCAAUCUUUUGAACAUUUCUACCGGUAGCGAUGAUAGUGUAUUUGAUUCUUCUUCUGAUAUGGAAAAAUUCACUGAAAUCAUCAAAAAGAUGGACAGCACCGUUUGUGUGCCUCAGAAGAAAAAGAAGUCCAGAGUGCCAAACUCUCCCACCCCUCACUUUGUCAUGCCUCCUAUUCACGAGGACAAUUUAGAGAAGGUGUUUGACCCCAACGUGUUUACCUUUGGUUUGGGGAAGAAAAAGGGAAGUCAGCCAGAAAUGUCGCCAGCUUUACAGCUGAUGCAGAAUGUAGAUGGGAAAUCCACACUGAGGUCCAAACGCAUGUCCACCGAGCAGAGUGUCCUCUUCAAGUCCUUGCACGCUCACACUAAUGGGAAAGGCGAACCUCUGGCGACUCCAGAAACGAGCGACAAAGAGAACAGGGACGCUACCAAUUGUGGAGUUAAGAGAUCUAGGCUAGAAAAAAGUGCCCUGUUCUCAAGCAUGUUAUCUUCCUUACCACAAGACAAAGUCUUUACUCCCUCUGUCACGUCAGUCAAUGCUAUGACCACAACUUUCAGCUCUUCUCAGAACACUUCUCUUUCUCGGUCUUCUGUGUUACAGCCCGUGGCUGAGGGUGCCCCACCCUGCACUUCAGACAAAGAACAGCUAAAUCUUCCGCCCAACCACUUAAAGGUCUUCAAUUUUGACUCGUCAAGCCCAUCUCAUUCGGCCUUGAAAAGUCCAAGCUACAUGGAAAAAGGCCUGCAAAAAGAGGAGACCAAGAAGGAUCUGGACUCACAAAGCAAUGUACACUUGCCAGAAACGAAGUUUUCUGAAUUUUCAAAACCGAGGAACAGCGAUGAUGCGGAAAAGGUUAAUCACGUUGAAGGUGUUCUUAAACCGAACUUGCCCAACUACAGGAACAGUGACACAGACUUCAUGGGUCUCUUCAGUUCCAGACGGUUUGACCCGAACAUUUCUUUCUCUGCAAUGUCAUUAUCAGAUCCAACAACGCUUAGAGGAAGUGUCCAAAAUAAAAUCAAUCCCCGACCUGGAAAGGUAGUGAUCUACAGUGAACCCGAUGUCUCCGAGGAGUGUAUCGAAGUCUUCAACGACAUUGAGGAUUGCGGCUCUUGGCGCCUGUCCCCUGUGAUACUCAUAAAAGUUAUUAGAGGAUGCUGGAUUUUGUACGAGAAACCAAAUUUUGAAGGGCACUCUAUCCCUUUAGAAGAAGGAGAAUUGGAACUCGCUGGUCUCUGGGGUAUAGAAGAUAAUUUGGAAAGAAAUGAGAAGGAAGAGUCUGCUAAGCCGAUGGUGAUUGGUUCAAUCAGACAUGUGAUCCAGGAUUACAGAGUUAGUCACAUUGACUUAUUUACUGAACCAGAAGGGCUAGGAGUCCAACAUUCCUACUUUGAUGACACAGAAGAAAUGCAGGGGUUUGGUGUAAUGCAGAAGACUUGUUCCAUGAAAGUGCACUGGGGCACAUGGCUGAUUUAUGAAGAACCUGGAUUUCAGGGAAUCCCCUUUAUCCUGGAGCCUGGUGAAUACCCUAACUUAGCCUUCUGGAACACAGAAGUGGCGUACAUUGGAUCCAUGCGGCCUAUGAAAAUGGGUGGUCGUAAAGUUGAAUUCCCUACAGACCCAAAGGUAGUUAUUUAUGAAAAGCCUUUCUUUGAGGGAAAAUGUGUGGAACUAGAAACGGAAAUGUGUAGUUUUAUUAUGGAAGGAAGCGAAACAGAAGAAACCACUGGAGAGGAACAUCUGCCGUUGACAUCUGUGGGAUCUAUGAAAGUUCUCAGAGGCGUUUGGGUUGCUUAUGAAAAGUCUGGAUUUACAGGUCAUCAGUAUUUGCUUGAAGAAGGAGAAUACAAGGACUGGAAAGAUUGGGGAGGUUACAAUGGAGAACUUCAGUCUUUACGACCUAUAUUAGGUGAUUUUUCAAAUGCUCACAUGAUAAUGUACAGUGAAAAAAACUUUGGAUCUAAAGGUUCUAGUAUUGAUGUAUUAGGAAUUGUUGCUAAUUUAAUGGAGACCGGAUAUGGAGUGAAGACACAGUCUAUUAAUGUCCUGAGUGGAGUAUGGGUAGCCUAUGAAAAUCCUGACUUCACAGGAGAACAGUAUAUACUGGAUAAAGGCUUUUAUACCAGUUUUGAGGACUGGGGAGGAAAAAAUUAUAGGAUCUCUUCUGUUCAACCCAUAUGUUUGGAUUCCUUCGCUGGCCCAAGGAGACGAAAUCAGAUUCACUUGUUUUCGGAACCACAGUUUCAAGGUCAGAGUCAAUGUUUUGAAGAAACAACAAGUCAAAUUGAUGAAUCAUUUUCUACCAACUCUUGCAGAGUUUUAGGAGGCAGCUGGGUUGCGUAUGACGGAGAAAACUUCUCUGGUAACCAGUACGUACUGGAAGAAGGCCACUACCCAUGUCUCUCUGCAAUGGGAUGCCUGCCGGGAGCGAGCGUGAAGUCUCUUCGUUUUAUAGAUGUUGAAUUUUCUGAACCAACAAUUAUUCUUUUCGAACGAGAAGACUUCAAAGGAAAAAAGAUUGAACUUAAUGCAGAAACAGUCAAUCUCCGAUCCUUAGGGUUCAACACGCAGAUACGUUCUGUUCAGGUGAUCGGUGGCAUAUGGGUCACCUACGAAUAUGGCAAUUACAGGGGGCGGCAGUUCCUACUGUCACCAGCAGAAGUACCUAACUGGUAUGAAUUCAGUGGCUGUCGCCAAAUAGGUUCUCUACGACCUUUUAAUCAGAAACGUAUUUAUUUCAGACUUCGAAACAAAGCAACAGGGUUAUUCAUGUCAACCAACGGAAACUUAGAGGACCUGAAGCUUCUCAGAAUACAGGUCAUGGAGGACGUCGGUGCUGAUGACCAGAUCUGGAUUUAUCAAGAAGGGUGCAUCAAAUGCAGGAUAGCAGAAGACUGCUGCCUGACGAUCGUGGGGAGCCUGGUCACCUCCGGCUCCAAGCUGGGCCUGGCCCUCGACCAGAACGCCGACAGUCAGUUCUGGAGCAUGAAGUCAGACGGCAGGAUCUACAGCAAGCUGAAGCCAAAUUUAGUUUUAGACAUCAAAGGGGGUGCACAGUAUGAUCAGAAUCACAUUAUCCUCAACACUGCCAGCAAGGAGAAGUUUACACAAGUGUGGGAAGCCAUGGUGCUAUGAAGCGGGAUGAAGCGCGCAGGAGGAAUACUUCCGGAGGUCUUUCACCGGCCUUCUUAGAAAGAGGACUGCGGACGGACGAACCAGGGGGAAAGUGGAUGUACUCCUUCAGUAACUUGAAUUCACCCUUGACUCACUGCUGGGGCCGGGACAAUACUCUCAUCUCUUCCAAAGACUAUACUGGUUUUGAACCAACAAUUUGUUCCUCUCUCAUUCCUUGCCUUUCAUUUCCUUUCGGCAGCUGCUUGAACAGGCUGCCUCAUUAAAACAAUGUCAUCAAGACAUUCACACAACGUACAUUUUAAAUGAUUUAAAGGUAGUGAAAGGAGAGAGAAGGAACAAACUCACCGACCUGGUGGACUGACAAAUCCCUUACACUUGAAAGAGAAGGGUAAAAGCUUAAGUCUGUAAGGUAGAAACUCUUUAGCGCCUGAGAAGAGAUAAUGUGUUAGGCCUAUAGCUUUGGUCCUUGACCUUCUGUUUUCUGGAAUCACUAAUGAUGCUGUAUAGCCAAGUGAGGAAUUAUAUAUUCAUAGUUUAAGGAACUAAAUGAGUAUAGACAAAACACUUUUCCGUUAAUAUUAAAAGUUAGUAAAUGUAAAAGAUUCCAUGCCCGUGUCUGCUCACACUCAUUAGCAGGAUCUGAUUAUUUUUUUAUCCUCAUCCAAGGACAUUUUUCCUUUUUUGUUCAGAUAGAGUGGGAGGGAGAGCGAGAGAAACA